AGUAUUGAUAAUUUUUGUUCUUGUUUUACGCCCAAUUAUCACAACAUGUAUGUGACAACUCUUUGCUUCUUUAUAUUCCUCGGCAUGGCAUGCGUCUUGUGUAAGACCGAGACAGGUAACAUUCUCUACAAAUCCGAGGUCGACUUGAAACACGGGAACUCGUCCGGAAAAGAUAUUCUAUUUUUGAAAAGUGUCAUUCCUACAAUGGUAAACUACGGCAAUGAGUUAGUCCUGCGGUGUGAGGCCACCCUGGUAGACACGAGUUAUCAACUAUUUCACAUCUGGCUCUACCAGUCCGAUGUAGCGGCCAAGAUCGCUGCUUUCUUUCCGCACAGGGGCCGGGAGGAGAUGGAGUACGUCUCCCCCAAUGAGCAAAGGCUGUACGACCUGAGAGUGAAAGGUGAGAUCCGCCAGACGCCGGUAAACACCAGCUACAUCCUCACCGCCACGUUUCCCAGCGUCACCUGCGCCCACCAGACCUCUUUCUACUGCUGGGUGUUCGCCUACCCGAGUCCUGAGCCUCUGCAGACCGCUCCAAAGAACGUGCAGAUCUCCCCGUGCGACAAGAGCCAGGCAUCCUACAAAACACGAUACGUAGAGGAAUUCUAAGACGGCAGGGUGCCAUGCAAAAGAGCUACCUAACCCUGGGAUGUUACCAACCGCUUUAUUACAAUGUCUGUAUUAUAACAAGGCUAAGUUUUAAUGCCAAAAAGGCCGAAAGUACUUUGCUGAGAUUAGCAGGCUGUCGUUUAGAUGAGGUACCUAAAAGUUGUAAGCAGCUGAACAGUUUAAGAAAAAGAAUAGAUAGUCAAGAUUUCAGGCACCCAAUCCCGAUUGCAGCAAAUAUAUUUCAAUAGUAAUAACGAACUAGUAGUAACUAUCUUCUAGUUUUUAAGAAGAUUAUGAUGAUGAAGAGAAAUGGACUAUUUGCAGCCUGCCAUGUUAUCCAAAAAUAGGCCCGGGCUUAUCAGCUAUUCAAAAGGAACAGCAACGACCAAAUAUAUUUUUUUAUUUACCACUGUAAAUUAAAAACAGAAAUCGCGGGGGGCUUUGAAAUAUCUCCACUGCAUUAUCCGAAAAUUGUAUGUUCAUGCGUCUCAUGACCGAUUUCUCCCAAACUAAACUAUUGUGAAAUGCCAUUAGUUUAGGAAGCGGAAAUAAAUUUGUGUGGACGUAGGGAAGUACUAGUAAUAGUUUUAAAGUCGAAGAAUCAUCUAGAAAUACACAAACACCUACCUAGUCUUAACUCGGAUACUUUCGUGCCUAGCAGUCAAUAUGCUCCAUGUGAGAAGUGAGAUGUUAGGUUGUGUAAUAAAUGAGAGAUUCUUCCUCAGUAUCGCACAGUUGAAUAUCCUGCUACCCUCUAAAGGCAAAUAGUUGUUUUUUUAUUUCACAAAACAUUAUUUUGGAAAAAGGUGCAAACUUAAGUAUAAUUAAGUUAUAAUUUAGUUUAUUGCCAGAGUUUAGGAAUGUUUCCUCGCGGUUUCAUUCGACUUCAGAGAGGUAAAUGGCGCUGUUGACAUUGUCAGUUAAAUGCUGUACAUUUCAAACAUCAAACAUUUGCGACAUUGUAACUAAUGAGUUGGACUAACAUUCAGCAUGUAUCUCUAUGGUUAUGUGAAAUAAAAACAGCAAACAACUUUAUGA